AUGGCGAAAGACUCGACGGGCCUCCCAACCAACGUCGCCGCUGACCUCAAGACAGGCGUGAAACCACUGCACCGCCACGUGGGUGAAGCUCGCCCCCUCGAGGCGGACGGGAGCUGCUCCCACCACCUCCUGGUACGCGAUGGGAACAGCACCGACUGCAUCUUGCCUCAACGGAUCGAUGUGGGCAAGCACUACAUCAUGACCGGGGGCCCAGAGGCCAUCCGGGAGCCCUUCGAGGACAUGGUCUCGCGGGCCUCGUCCUUCGGCCGCUACAUGUUCGACCUCUCCGCGAUGCCCGUUGUGGAGGAGCUCUUUGCUGGGCCCAAGUUUCAGCGUGCUGCCAAAGGCGUCUGCCCCCCAAGCAAGCAAGUGCUCGAUCCAUUUCAGUACAACUUCAUCCUCUCCGUGCCGGGGCAGACAGUAGCUCUCCACCUGGACGCCCCCUGGUUCCUGGGCGCCACGCGUUUCCAGUUCCCGCAGUGGCUGCUGGCUGUCAUGGUCUUCUCCAACCUCUUCCAGGAUCGAUUUGUGGACCAGGUGCAGGUCGUUGGAUACCUGCAUGAUCGUCCCGCCCUUGACGAUGAUUCCGGAGGCCGCUUCCUGUACUACGACGAGAACUCGGCGACCCCGAAGGCAAUCCUGUCCAAGCCCCUCUCGGGAGUGGCGGUGGACGGGAGCAAGACGCUACACGCGGCCGGCGUCUUCCGGCCUGACGUGAAGGCGCCGCUGCUGGACAAGGACAAAGACAACGCGCUCUUCUAUGUGGGCGAUGAGCAAUGGGAGCUCCGAAGCGACGGGGAGGUUCUUCAGACAUACAACUCGUCCGACCUGCGGAUGACCAUCGUCUACAGGGCACGGUGCUUCGCCUCGGAAGAGGAGCGGCUCCGAUUCCGGGCAGGUGCGGCGGAAGAUCAGCUCAGCCUGGAGGCGGUUCUUGGCCGGCUGACGGAGGACCUCGUGCGCCGGCAAAAGCUAUCAAGGGCCUCGGCGCAGUCGAUCGACCGCCUGGACUUGGCAACCUUGCUGCUGGAUACCUACGUCCAGUAUCCCCUGCCGGCAUGGGCGGAGGCCUGGAUCCCUUUGAACUACUGCGCCCUCCCUCGGCGCGCGGGCAAGUACAAGGACCUCUUGAAGAGGCUCCUGAGCCCGCUCUGCGCGUAG